AUGAAUUCACUGUUCAAAUUAGUCCGGCGACCAGCGCUCGGCCUCCCACACCGUCUAUUGUUCUCCACAACCCCCGCGCCCUCAAAGGACCUGAAGGCGUUAAUGCGCACGCUGCCGCCCAAACCCGAGCCGCCCGAGGACGACUCAUGCUGCCUGACAGGGUGUGAAUUCUGCGUGUGGGAUCUAUACGACGACGACAUGCGUGAGUACCAGCAGCAAGCAAAGGCGAUCAGCGAGGAAUUCGAAAAGCAAGGGAAACCUGUGCCCGAGGAGCUAAAGCCUGAGAACCUGCGCGACUCAAUUGACCCAACCAUGCGCGCAUUCCUGGAUCUAGAGCGCGAGCUGGCCAUGAAGGACCAGGACAAGGACGACUAA